AUGAAAAAACCAACAGUUAACGUCCGAGAAAAAAACCUAGAGACUUUGCGUAAUGAAAUAUUGCAGGAAAUGGUGGUGUAUUUGAACUGUGGUUUAAUAGGUCCUCAACAAGAUCCACUCAUUUGGUGGCGACAAGAAAAAAAUAAAUAUCCCCGAUUAUCACUAAUGGCGAGACGAUAUUUAGGAAUACCUAGUACUUCGUCUGAAAGUGAAAGAUUAUUUUUCACUGCUGGCGAUAUUGUAUCUGAUAAAAGAACUUCGUUAUCACUCGAUUCAGUAUCGUAUUUAUUAUUUUUGAACAAAAAUUUGUAG